GACUGAUGUGCUCAGUGAGAAGUUCCCUCUACAGGUCGGCUCCUCGCGGCUCCACCAUGAAGCUCCACUUCCUUCACUCCACCGUGAUCCUGCUGGCCAUCCUGCCGCCCCACCACUGCAAAGCUGUCGAGGGUCCACAGUACGACCCGCACCGGCACGCGCUGCCCCUCGUGCUGCGGCUGGGAGAGGAGUCCUUCGUUCGGGUGGGCGACGCGAAGCCCAGAAACCCCCCUACCUCCCUGUCGGCAGUGAGCCGCGCCCUGCAGCUGCACCUUUCACAGCGCCUCCUGGAGGAGAACUUCGGAGAAGGUGUGCUGGGGAGGGGGAAGCGCGGAGAGGAGCCGCCCAUCUCGCUGGACCUCACCUUCCACCUGCUCAGGGAAGUCCUGGAGAUGGCGAGGGCGGAGCAGCUGGCCCAGCAGGCGCACAGCAACCGCAGGAUCAUGGACAUCUUCGGCUGAGGAGUGCGUCUUGCUCAACGGGACACACACACACACGCCGUGGCGCACCAUCACACACACGCCAUACCGCCGCACACCCGCACCCGUCACCAGUCCACACCGGGGCCAUCCUGUCCCAGCUGUCACUUGAACCACGUGUCUAUUUAUUAAUUUCGGUCUGGAAGCGCCAAUGGCGAUCACAUCUCGAUCGCAACGGUUCUCCUCAGCGCGGAAAGCGGUGUAUUUGUGCUUUGUCCACAUGAUGUACAAGUCAUCAGUAAGACGACGAGACACGUCGGUCCAACCGAAAAAUAUCUGACAUGUCAAACGAUUUAUUCAUAU